AAAUAAAUAAUUUUAAGUGUUUGAAAUGUCAUACUAUAAGCCUUUUUACUAAAGUGGAUACGAUCGCACAGUGCCAGUAUACUAAACAAGUUAAUAUGGUCCAGCAUACUACGGUCCUUAUGAUCGUCCAUACUCUUAUUAAUCGAGAGCUCCAAUGAGAGGUGAAUAAUGGUCUGAAUAUAUUCCUGUGGAAUAGAGAUAUACAGAUUAUGUACCAGAGACGAAGGUUGAAUAUAGACCAGUAGAGAAAUCAUAUACAGACUAUAUAGAAGGUUUGUUCUAUAAAAUAUAAUAAUUAGUAAAACACGAGACAGAUUAUGUACCAGUUCCAAGAUUGGAGAAGAGAGUUGAAUAUAUUCCAGUUGAUAGAUAUGAUGAACAUGUCGAUUAUGUUCCAGUGUAGAAUAGCCAUGUAGUAAGAGGACCAUAGAGCAGAGUGGGUUACGGAAGUCAAUCUUAGUAUUUAGCACCAGCACCUCCUACAUAAUAUUCAAAUUAUAGAUACAGUCCAAGUAGAGUUAGUGGAUAUCGUCCAGCUGCAGGUUAUGGUUAUAGAUACCUUUGAUUAAUAUAUUAAUUUAUUG